UUAUUUCUAUUCCAGUAGUAUUAAACAACAAAUUUCAAUCCUCUAAACCCUAUUCUUUCUCUUUCUCUCUCUUUCUUGCCACCCGGAUCUGAUGGCUUUGGACUCCCACAUAGAGAGAGUCUUAUGGAGCGAGGAGCAAAUCACUCGCCGGGUUGCCGACCUCGCCGCCCAAAUCUCUGCGGACUUUCGUGCAGUUUCUCCGCCGCCGGUGGCCGUUGGCGUGGCCACCGGUGCUUUCCUCUUCCUCGCCGACCUGGUUCGAAGGAUUGAGCUCCCCCUUGCCGUUGAUUUCGUGAGAGCCGAAUCCUACGGUUCAGGAAUACAGUCCAACUGUGCGCCUACCAUUUCUUUGGAUUUGAAAGUUGAUGUCAAAGGUCGCCACGUCAUCUUGGUUGAAGACAUCGUAGAUACAGGACAUACUUUAUGUAAAGUUAUUGGACACUUAAAAUCAAAAGAAGCAUCCUCUGUAUCCGUGUGCACUUUCCUUGAUAAGCCAGCAAGGAGAAAAGUUAAUGUUCAACUAGUGGGUGAAGGCAAAUUCUACCGGGGAUUUGAGUGUCCAGACUAUUUUGUUGUUGGAUACGGUAUGGAUUUUGCGGAAUUGUACAGAAACUUACCAUACAUCGGUGUCUUGAAGCCUGAACAUUAUCAAUGAUUCUACACAUUAUUAGCCAUGGUUUUCUAAGUGUUUUUCUUGAAUUCUUUCGAUUCUACUUGAUUGGUGAACAGAAUGUGAAACAGUAGUAGAUGGAAACUAGAAUAUUUUUUUUGUUAUGCAUUUUGAAUUGUACAAUUUCAUUCAUACAUUAUCAAAAUCUAAACAACAUUGUUUGUUGAAUAA